CCGGGCUCGGGAUCGGAUCCUCGCAGUCGUUGACUCGAAGUAUCGGCAACAGCACAACCAGUACAAUUGUCUGGAAGUACAACAACAAUAAUAACAAUGACGGUGGCCGUGCGAAUCAUUGCGUUGUCGGUGUUGUUGUUGGUCGACUACUGUGCGUUCUCGGCGCCGGCGCCGGCGACUAGUUUGACCAAACCCAAAACGUAUCUGGUGAGACACGAGGGCGUAUCGGAUGCAAAAGGCCAGUUCAUGCUUGCUUAUGCGCUCGACGACGGAAUGACUCAGACGAAAAAAGGAACGCUGGCGAACGACGAUGGAACCGGUUUCGUGAUGAGCCAAGAGGGGUCGUACUCGUUCAUCACCCCCGAAGACGUCAACGUAAAAAUGUCGUACACGGCCGACAAGAACGGUUCCGUAGACCGUAGUGAAGGGAAACCCUCUUUAACAUAUUAAAUACAAUUUUUGGAAUGCACAACAGUUUAACAUAUCCACACGCAUCAGAUGUAGGUACCUUCUAUAAUAUCUUUUUUCCCGAACAUUUCUAACGUAAUAUUGUUAUUGAUUUUCUACGUUUAUUCGCCCAUUUGGAUACCCAUACCUGACACUACGCCUAUAGGUAAGAAUAUAGGUAAUAUGACUAUAAUAUAUUGGUCAACCGUUGGAAAAAAAAAAAAUGUGCACAUAGGUAGGUACUAGGUAUAUCAUUAGUUGUUACUUAUUACAAAUAUAAUUAAAACAUAUUAUACUUGUGUUUAUUUUUGUUUUUUUAAUAUACUAAAUUAUUGACGCCAAUAAUAAGUAAUAGGUAAUAGCAAAAUGACAAAUCUUUAAUUUUCAAAUAUUGUACCGAAUUACGACUUCGUUCUUGACAUAUUCAGCAUUCAGGCAUACUAAUAAUCGAUUAUAAAUGAUUGUAUAUUGGUUAGAAAUGUAUAGUAAUUAGUAUAGGUAGCAGUCAUUCAAUUAGUUUGGCUUUAUAGCUAAAAUGUGGCAAAAAGAUAAAAUUGAAAAAUAUAAUAUGUAGAGUCGAAAAUCAGUAUAGUACCUAAUCCAGCGGCAAUACCAAGCGCCUCUCGGUUAUAAAUAACUAAGAAUUAUUGUUUAAGUAUGUUAUUAAUUUUAUUUUUGCAUUUCACGAAUACAUUUUUUAUGUAAGAAUUUUCUUUAGAAUUAUAUGUUGAAAAAAUAUUAGACUUCGAAUAAAUCAAAAUAACAUUAAAUAUACGCAUUUACGUAAGUAUUAUACUUGUAUAAUAUAAUCAUACUGUGUUACCUACUGUAUAAUAUAUAAUAUGUUAUUGAGUAAUGAAUAAUAACGCAUAGACAUUAUA